AUGGGAUUCAUGGAAGUGCCCUACAUAAAUUGGAUGAAGAACUUUAGCGUUUAUGAGACUCCUUCUCACAUUUAUCUCAUUGGUUCCGAUGCUGAUGAAAGCUAUUUUCGAGUUCUCAAAAUUGACCGUUCUCCAGUUCCAUUGGGCUAUGAUAAUUUGUGGAUGGACAAGGAGUGCAGCGGUUCUGAAGCAACUGUUGAGGCAGAAACUUUAAUUGAUCGCAUAUGGCGCCUCAAUAUUAUAGAGGAUCCUCACAUUUAUUCGAGAUCAGAAGUAGCUCGAUUGCUACAUACCAUUCAAGCAGCUAGUCGGACCUUCAUCCGAAAACUGAUUGUCAUGGUAGCCACAAGUCAGAAGCAUCAAGCUCUCCUAAGUGGUCACGUUUCAGUUCACUGUUUUCAAAACGUCGAUCUCAAGAUCAUCCCCUAG